AUGAAGAGUAAAUUGAACAAAUUCAGAAGGGCCAAAUUUGUACCACCAAAGGUCCUAACAUUUGACAUCACCCCCAGUCAAGGCAUAGAAGGGUCUAUCGAACCAGAUAGGAGCAAAGGAAGGUGCCCUGA